AUGGCGCCACCCCUACUGCUGCUCCUCGCUUCUCUCCUCGUCGUCGCCGCGCCGCGAGCGCUCGGGCUCGGGCUCGGCCAGUGGCAGCCCGGCCACGCGACGUUCUACGGCGGCGACGACGCCUCUGGCACGAUGGGUGGCGCGUGCGGGUACGGGAACCUGUACAGCCAGGGGUACGGCACGAGCACGGCGGCGCUGAGCACCGCGCUGUUCAACAAGGGCCUGAGCUGCGGGUCGUGCUACGAGCUCCGGUGCGCGGGCGGCGACCGCCGGCUGUGCCUCCCCGGCGGCGCCACCGUCACGGUGACGGCCACCAACUUCUGCCCUCCCAACUACGCGCUCCCGGGGAGCGGCGGCGGCUGGUGCAACCCGCCGCUCCGCCACUUCGACCUCGCCGAGCCGGCGUUCCUCCGCAUCGCGCGGUACCGCGCGGGGGUCGUCCCCGUCUCCUUCCGCCGCGUGGCGUGCGCCAGGAAGGGCGGCGUCCGGUUCACCGUCAACGGCCACGCCUACUUCAACCUGGUGCUGGUCACCAACGUCGGCGGCGCCGGCGACGUGCGCUCCCUCGCCGUGAAGGCGUCCGGGUCGCGCGGCCGCGGCCGCGGGGGACGGUGGCAGCCCAUGUCCCGCAACUGGGGACAGAACUGGCAGAGCAACGGCUACCUCAACGGCCAGGCGCUCUCCUUCCGCGUCACCUCCGGCGACGGCCGCUCCCUCACCUGCGCCGACGUCGCGCCCGCCGGCUGGCGGUUCGGCCAGACCUUCGAGGGCAGGCAGUUCUGAACAAAAGAAGAUCACUUUAGCCAACAGGACCAUCUCAUCCUUCUUCCAUUCUCCAUUAAUGCUUAUCUUUGAGCUUAAUUACACACCAAAUCGGUGCUUAGUGAGGUCUAGAUGCUGAGGUUGCUGGCUGCUGCAAGAAGAUGGCAAGGCAUUGCACCCGCAUGUCAGAGGCAAUCUGCUUUCCUAGUUCAGAGAUUUGUAGUACAGGGCAUGUCACUGGCAUUGGCAUGAGCAAUGAGCUGAUUACUUAGGUCCAGGCUCCAGAGAGUGGCUGGCCAUAGCGUGAGCCUGCCUCUCUGAAGAGUGAGCUGUCUGUACAAAUGCAGUUGUUUGUUUGCUGCUCUUAAUUUCCACCUCCUGAAA